AUGGCCACGCGGACAAGAGACUUUCACUAUGAUGAUUACACGGUCGCAUGGGCCUGUGCGCUCCCACUGGAGAUGGCGGCGGCAGCAGCGAUGUUAGACGAGCGGCACAGUGUACAUAAUGUGGUCAUUGCAUGUCUCCCGUUGGGGAUGUACGGCACGACUUCAGCAGCGACCGUCGCGAGCCAGAUGAGGAAUACAUUUUCCUCAGUCCGAUUUGGGCUCAUGGUGGGAAUUGGGGGCGGUGCACCUAGCCAAGCAGUUGAUAUAAGGCUUAACGAUGUGGUUGUUAGCAAGCCGACGGGGUUGUUUGGAGGGGUAGUACAAUUCGACAUGGGCAAAACAGUCAGCCAAGGGCAAUUUGUAAGAACUGGCUCUUUGAAUAAACCGCCUCCGGUGCUCCUAACAGCUUUGUCCACGCUGCAAGCAAACCACCUGGUGGCUGGGAGUCGAAUCCCGGAUUUACUUCGUGAGAUGGUAAUCAAGUACCCUCUAAUGAGGGAGAAAAUCACUUAUAUCGGGAAGGAUCAGGAUCGGCUGUUUGAAUCAAGCUAUAAACAUGAAACACUGGAGAAAACGUGCAAUCUUUGCGACAUUAGAAAAAUGGUACAAAGACCAGCUCGAGCUACCCCAGGUCCUGUUAUUCAUUACGGUUUAAUCGCGUCAGGCAAUCAAAUCAUGAAGGAUAGCGCCAUGAGAGACCACUGGGCCCAAGAGCUUGGAAUUAUUUGCUUUGAGAUGGAGGCAGCGGGCUUGAUGGAUAUAUUGCCCUGUCUUGUUAUCCGAGGAAUUUGUGAUUAUGCCGACUCACACAAAAACAAACAGUGGCAAGAGUACGCAGCCGUGACCGCUGCAGCGUAUACGAAAGAAUUGCUUUUGAUCGUUGCUCCAACGCAAGUUGUCGAUACGCCGACGUAUAUCUCAAGCGAACUGAUGUCCUACCGUCCAAAAUACAGAUUUCCAGAUAAUGGGUAUCAAUUAUAUCAUUUGAAGACCAACGAACAUUUCGGCUCUGGGAAGACAACAAUAGGAACAUCUGUUGUUGAAACUGCUAAGUAUCGGUUGUCUGGUAAUAGAGUUCCGACUGCCUUUUUCUAUUGUGAAAGUGAUCGACCUGAACUUCUUGAGGCAGACCACAUCGUGGCUAGUCUUAUCAAACAAUUAUGCAAAUUUCUACUCCGUACCUCUCAGUUACUUCCGGAGGAUGUUACUACUGAUAUUGAAAGGUUAUACGGAACUAAACGAGUGAAACCCGAUUUUGAAAAUCUCCGAGAUCUCUUUGUUCGUAUUUUUGACCGCGUCCCUGGUACAGUUUACAUUAUUGAUGGACUUGAUGCACUAAGUGCAAAGGGUGUAACUGAAGUGCUGAAACUGUGCCGGUUCCUUUGGGUAUAUCUCCAGCUAGAAAUUCUUUGGGACACGUGCGACACAGAUGCUGAAAUACGAAAAGCGCUAGGCAAUCUACCUAGAGAGCUAGAAGAAACAUACAGUCGAUGCUUGCAAAGAAUGAAUCUGCAAGAUUGCCGAGCUUUAAAGGUUCUCAAAUGGGUCAGCUUUGCAAGUAGACCGCUGCAUAUCGAAGAGCUCAAGGAGGCCAUUGCCAUAGAGAUCUAUGACACUGAAUGGGAUGCUUCAAAGAUACCCCGGGCAAACUCUGUACUAACAGGGUGCGCAAAUCUCGUUAUAGUUGAUCCGUUCGAUAACUGCGCCCGAUUCGCGCACUCAUCUGUGAAACAGUACUUUCAGGCAGAGAGUAAUUCAAUACCAGAGUAUCCUAAAACUUCAGAACAAGGCGAGCUAGAAUGCGGAGAGCUUUGUGUUAACUACUUGUGCUUUAAAGAUUUCAGCCUGCAGAUCACGAAGCAGAGCAAAGAAGUUGCCAUUUCUCUGCCUAACCCAGUCUCUGUGGUACGCCAGUCUCUCUCAUCAUCUAUUGGAAAGCUAUUGCCUCGAUCCUGGAGAAACCAGACAGGGUUUGCCUUUAGGCAGGUUCGAAAUCUACGGGCUACACAACCAGAUCACUCCCGAUAUGCCUUUCUCAGCUACGCAGUUAUGAACUGGGGCCUGCAAACAAAGGCAAUUACUCGUGCUUCUCCUGUGUGGGAAGCAUUUGAGCAGCUUGCUUUGAGAUUCAGCGACACUUGGAAUUUCCACCCAUGGGUCCCUAGUGGUCGUUCUGCACGUGCGUAUCUCCACGGUCUAUUUGGAUGGGCAGUAAGGGAAAGGCAUCUUCCACUUCUUUCUAUUGUUCUCUCUGCCUACGAUGAUUUGGAGACGAUUUGUAACCUGCCCCUUGUUGAAGAGCGUAUCCCUGCGCUUCACGUUGCAUCAAAGUCAGGAUAUCACGACAUCGUCGAAGUCCUGUUGCAAUACUGCGAUGUAAACUUGCAAGACGUUGACGGCUAUCUGGCAUUACAUCAUGCAGCAAACAAGGGACAUGGAGAAGCUUCCAAAUUGCUUGUCACUGCCAAAGGGGCAAGCAAUUACCGUGCUCCCAAGUUGAAAUGUAUUCCCCUAUGGCUCGCAGCGGCCAACGGCCACGACCACAUUGUAUCUCUGUUACUAGAGAACGACGAAAACAUUGAAACAAAAGAUGUCGGGGGUCGUGACACGCCACUCUUGAUAGCUACGAAGAACAAUCACUACUCAACAGCUAAGAUCUUGAUUCAAAGAGGUGCCAAGAUUGAGGCGAGAGAUCCUUCUGGAACCAGCCCUUUAAUGUGGAGUUUAAAAAAUCGAAACGAUAUGAUAAUGAAACUCUUGAUUGAAGAAGGCGCUAACCCAUCAGUCGUCGAUGGAGGCGCAGAAGGAUUGCUGACUUGGGCCGCGAAUAAAGGGUACGAAAUGGUAGUGCAAAGGCUUUCCACAACUGUAACAUCCUUAGAGGCCAAAGAUAUGGACGGCUUUACAGCACUAUCACAAGCGGCAAUACAGGGCCACGACUCUAUCGUCAAGUAUUUGCUCCAGAAGGGCGCGAACACGGAGUCAAGAGAUGAGUAUACCGGUCGCACGGCUUUAUCAUGGGCCGUUCGCGCUUUCGACACGGUCGUAAUUCAGACACUACUCGGCCAAGGUGCUCAUCUUGAAGCCAGAGAUGGAUUUGGGCGGACACCCUUAUCUUGGGCUGCAGAGGAAGGGUCAGCAGCUGUAGUACAACUUCUUAUUGAUCGGGGAGCGAACGUUGAAUCAGACGAUGCUAGUGGUCGAACACCGCUAUCUUGGGCCGCGGGUAGUGGAAAUGCAGAGGUUGUAGAGUUGCUAUGCGGCCAUGGGGCAGACCCGGCAUCUCAGGAUUAUGACCUUGGUCGAACUCCGCAGUCAUGGGCUGCAUUGAAUAAACACGAGGCCACAGCGGCCCUACUGCUAGGACAAGUAAAAAGCGGAUCGAGUCUUCGGUCCAUGGAGCUUGAACUGCUGCAAGCCACCAAAGAUGACGAUGUUCCUUCACUGAGACGUAUCUUGAGCAUUGCCCAUGCCACAGGCUAUCUUGGAGAAACUGCCUUACGAGCGUGCCUGAUUGAAAGUGUGACAAGAGGAAACAUUGAUACAACACAGUGUCUUUUUGACUUCAGCAUGUCAUCUCCCAGAGUUGUACAUUCAGCACUUCUCCGGGUCAUCAAAACCAACUACGACAAAAUUCUACUCAUGAUGCUGGAUUAUGGGGCUUCAUUGGGCUUGAGAUACGCGGAUGGCAAUACUCUGCUGAUGACCGCUGCUUUGAAGGGGUAUCAGAAUUCUGUUAAGAUGACCUGCUCGAUUAAAUACUCAGCGCUGGUUGCUCGCUUAACGAUCGUGAUUGUGUGGGCCGAACUCCGCUUCAUUGGGCUUGCGCUACUGGGAAAUAUCGAAUGGAGUAUGAGCGCUUUACACUUUGCAGUUACAUAUGCCUGGAAUGACAUUGUCUUGCUGCUUUUGAGAAAUGGAGCAGAUCCUAAUAUUUCGAAUGAUGAAGGAAACACGCCCCUUCACUUUGCCGGAAUGUUUGGCUUGAUGGAAAUUGCUCAGACGCUCCUGCUGUCUGGAGCCAAGGUAACUGAACAGAACGUUGACGGAUCUACGCCUCUUCACAUCGCCGCUCGUGCUGGUCAGGCAAAUGUUGUCGAGAUCUUGCUUCAAGAAUUACCACUGCCUCUGCUCAGGAAAUUAGAAGGAUUAAAGGAUCGACAUGGCCAGACGGCGCUUUCGCUGGCUACGUCAAACGGUCACGAAGCAGUCGUCGACUUAUUGAGCUAUGGUGGAAUUGGCAUUUCUAGCAAAUUUACAACCCCUUCAACGUUUGGCUCGAUUACCCCCUCAACGUUUGGCUCGAUUACAAAGGAGCUCUCUCGCUCAGUAUCAGGUUAUAAUUAUGAAGACUCCGAAUGA